CGUUUGCCUUUCUUCCAGGUGCUGCGAGUAGUCUGACGCCUCCUGCCAGCGGAGAAGAUGUUUCAGACAAAAAUGGUCAGCUUUGGGAGGAAGCUGAUCCGCCGCCGCGUCCUGGAUCUCAGCUCCGACGAGACGCGGUUUGCCCGCUGCCUCUCCACCCUGGACCUGAUUGCCCUGGGAGUAGGCAGCACGCUAGGCGCUGGGGUGUACGUGCUGGCCGGGGAGGUGGCCAAGGAGAAGGCCGGCCCCUCGAUCGUCCUCUGCUUCCUCGUCGCGGCGCUGUCGUCUGUGCUGGCCGGGCUCUGCUACGCGGAGUUCGGGGCCCGGGUGCCGAAGACGGGCUCUGCCUAUCUCUACAGCUUCGUCACCGUGGGGGAGAUCUGGGCCUUCACGACCGGCUGGAACCUCAUCCUCUCCUACGUCAUAGGAACGGCCAGCGUAGCUCGAGCGUGGAGCUCUGCUUUCGACAACAUCAUCGGCAACCACAUCUCGGUCUUCUUCAAGAACCACACCUCCAUGGGCAGCGCGGGGGGCAUCUUCACCGAGCACCCAGACUUCUUUGCCUUGAUCCUGGUCUUCCUGCUCACAGGCCUGCUGGCGUUCGGGGUGAGUGAGUCAGCCCUGGUGAAUAAAAUUUUCACUGCCGUGAACCUGGUGGUCCUGAGCUUCGUCAUCAUCUCCGGCUUCGUGAAGGGGGACGUCAAGAACUGGCAGCUCUCCAAGGACGACUAUUUUAAUGACACAGUCAAAGCCAGCAAUGAGGAUGCCAGCAUUGGCCCCCUGGGCUCGGGGGGGUUCGUGCCCUUUGGGUUCCAAGGGAUCCUCUCUGGAGCCGCCACGUGCUUCUACGCCUUUGUGGGCUUCGACUGCAUCGCCACGACAGGCGAGGAGGCCAAGAACCCGCAGCGGUCCAUCCCCAUCGGGAUCAUCGUGUCCCUGCUGAUCUGCUUUGUGGCCUACUUUGGGGUCUCCGCUGCUCUGACCCUCAUGGUGCCCUACUACCUCCUCAACAAGGAGAGUCCCCUGCCGGAGGCCUUCAAAGCCGUGGGCUGGGAGCCAGCCCGCUACGUUGUCGCCGUCGGGUCCCUCUGUGCACUCUCCACCAGCCUGCUGGGCUCCAUGUUCCCCAUGCCACGGGUGAUCUAUGCCAUGGCCGAGGACGGGCUGCUGUUCCGGUUCCUCUCCAAGGUGCACACACGGACAAAGACACCCCUGAUGGCCACUGUCGUGUCAGGGAUCGUUGCUGCCCUGAUGGCCUUUCUGUUUGAGCUGAAGGACCUGGUAGACCUCAUGUCAAUCGGCACGCUGCUGGCCUACUCCCUGGUUGCUGUGUGCGUGCUCAUCCUCAGGUACCAGGAGAACCAGCUGAGCGUCUCGAAGGGCAUGGAGAUGGUGGAGCUGCACAGGCAGGAGGAGGAGAAGGCGAUGAUGGACCCAGACAUGAUCACUGCUGAGCUGAAAGGGGAGUGCAGCCUGCGCAGCCUCAUCAGCCCCCACUGCAAGACCCCCACCAACUUGUCCGGGCGGAUCGUCUACAUCAGCACGUCGGUUGUCGCUGUGCUGAUCACCAUCCUCUGCGUGGUUCUGGCCCAGACCAUGGACUUGCUGCUGAGCGGCAAUGCGAUCUGGAUCGCGGUCUGCAUCGUCCUCGUCGCCAUCAUCCUGGUCCCUACCAUCAUCAUCUGGAGGCAGCCAGAGAGCAACGCCCGGCUCACCUUCAAAGUGCCUGGCCUGCCGCUCCUCCCGCUCUUCAGCAUCUUCAUCAACGUGUAUCUCAUGAUGCAGCUGAGCACCGGGACCUGGGCCCGCUUCGGCGUCUGGAUGCUCAUAGGCUUUGCCAUCUAUUUCGGCUAUGGCAUUCGGAACAGCGUCGAGGCGCAGAGCACACACCAGGCCCCUUCCGCUGGUAGUGGCCCCUCCAGCACGGAGAAGCCUCUGGACCCCACGGUUUGAACUACAGGGAGGUUGGGGGUGUCCUGAUCUUGCUCUGGACGCCAUAGACCCUUGCCCUCCCCACCCCUUCCCUACGGAGCAGGGUGCCAAGCUGGCGAUGCUCCUGAGCCCUGCUUGGCCAGGCCAGGGCGCAGCCAGGGAAGCACAACUCUGUGGGACACUCGUGCUUCCCUCGAGGAAAAGGACGGCAAUGGAGAUGUUUCUACUGUGGCUGAGGAGCGGGACGGGGGGCCAGUACCCAGACCCAUGGCCUGUCAGCCUCCCCCGCCUGGGGUGCCGUUACCCAUCCGCCUCCGCCCAGAGUGCCGCUUCUUUCCGCUCGGACCCUCUGUACAUAGUGUACGUUAAUUUAUUGUGUGGCUAGGGGCUGUCUUCCUCGGUGUGAGUCUUGUUGUGCAUCAGCUACUGGGUGCUGGACCUCCCCAACCUACCUCCGGCGCGGAAAGCGGCCCUCCUGCGUCCUGCAUCCCUGGUAGAAUCUGUGCAUUUGUCGGCCUUUGUACAAUUAAAUUUGACUGUUUUUUUUGUA